AAUCGGUUACGCCAUUUUUGUUAGGGAGCAGUUGCGUUCAGAAAGGCAGGAUUAGGUCGGCUGCAGGUACGUCUAACGGUACCUCGUUAAAUUUAGUCGUCGACUUGUCUGUCAAACAGGACACCUGUUUGUGCAUCACAUAAAGACAAUGUCGUCAGAAAACCUCGACUCGGACACACAAGUGGAUUAUGAAGACGAAAAACAGGACUCACAGGAGAAGAAUGGAAACCCUGUGAAAGUGGAAGAGGCCAAGCUGAAAGCCAAGUACCCCGGUCUGGGGCAGAAACCUGGUGGUUCCGACUUCUUGAUGAAGAGGCUACAGAAAGGGCAAAAAUAUUUCGACUCGGGCGACUACAACAUGGCCAAGGCCAAGAUGAAGAACAAGCAACUUCCUGUGGCGGGACCGGACAAGAACCUCGUCACCGGAGAUCACAUCCCCACGCCGCAGGAUCUACCGCAGAGGAAGUCAUCCUUGGUGACCAGCAAGCUAGCGGGCUAGCCUUCAUCCUUCAAGGGUCACCCUCAACCUUCCUGGGCCUCCUGGGAAACAUCCCUUCCUCCCUUCUUCCCUCUUCUGCUUCCCUCUUCAUCCCCAGGCAUCACUGGCUUUAACAUAUCGGACAGUUGUAAAAGUAAAAAAUAAAAAAACUCCAUUUUGCUUGUAUGAUAGCGGGGUGGGGUGGAGGUUUACGUCGCCGCCAGGCCGCAGCCCUCUCUGCCUUUCUGCCACGCACAGCCCAGCCCCCUCUGCACACUCGACUGCCCCCCUCCUCAGAUCUUGGUUUUCACUGGUCCAAGAUGCAUUAUAGUGGGUGUGUGUGUCAUCAGGCAGGGUUGGGUGGGGUAUGUUAAUGCACUUUGUAUUCUGUAUAGUAUGUAUUGUUCUCUUUUGCAUUCUGAAUGACACCAAAACGAUGUGAUUUAUGGAGUUGGGAACCAUGGUCGCAACUCUCUUCAGUCUCUCUGGUCUGCGUUUCAGGACAGGACUGGUGUGUGAUUCCUAGUUUUCAGUCAGUAAGGAACACCGGUUUGGUUUAAGAGGGGAUGAUGGGCUGACCCUCGAUUGUUGGCAGAAGAAUGCAAGAUCAUUUUUAAUAAUGCUACUUCACGCUCCAGUGACCUUAGUCAAAUAGAACUUGAUCAGCUGCUGCAGCUCAGCCAGACGGGGAUUUGUUUUUGUUUUGAGUGUCUGCCGCUCCUCUUUCUAAAUACGCUGCAUGAUUGUAACAAAACACAAAGAGAAAAUGUUUUAUUUUUAACUUCCUUUCCCUUGGUGAGCAUUUGUGUAGAAGAAAGGAGCGCAAGAGUCCCAAAGUGUCCACAGUCGAGCCUUCCUCCUCCUCCUCCUCCACUUUGCUUCUUGCUGUCCUGACAAUCCAUUCACACUCACUCGUGUUAGCCUCCCCGGGCUUGGAGCUAGCCGAGUGUGUCCCUGUGUUUUAUUUAAAGACUGGAAGUCCUGCCAAGUGUCUGAGCUCAGUCUUAGUUUAGUUGGUUGCAUCAAGAUGUGUGUGUCUGAAAGAUUUAUCAUGGAUGGAAGCAGCCUUCUGUGGGGUGUCUUCUCAUGUAAGCGUGUGAUGGGUCAUCAGCCCUGGUGCUCGGUAACCCGCCUGAGAGAACUAGUACAGCUAAGUCCUGCAUGACAGUCAAGGAUUUCAGUCCUCCAGAUUUCUCCCAGCUGGCAUCAGGCCCAUAACGUCCCUUUGGUACCUUGGAAUCAUCCGACUCGUGUUCCGAUAAGUCACAGUGGAAGCUGAAGCGUGUGGCUGUAGGUGGUUUCAUGACCAUCCACAGAAUUUCAUGCUCCUCAGAAGCAGGAAUCCAAUCACCCCUGUUUGCUCAUUUGAGUCUCAAGAAAAUUGGUCUGUACAUUUGUGUGACUGACCAGAGGAAUUUUGAGCGUGGGGGAAGUAAUGCUUCGUGUUUGACUCCAUCUUUCUCAGGCCUCCACAAGAUAAAGGACAUAAAUCAGUUGUUCGGUUCCCUGUUAGGGUUCCUGUGUCAUAAAUCUGCUCUGGAGAGUCAAUUCUCCGAUGUGACUCAAAAAAGAGACUGAACUUUGAUCGGACAGGUGUUUGAAGGUAAACCGUGUGGACGAGAGAGGUGUUUAUUGGAGCAUUUUUAUGACGCUUAAUGACAUCCGGUGCGACGUGUGAGAUGUGCUCAUCUGUCACAUGAGUCAGAAACGGUCUUUCUUACGUCAAAGGUGGAUUCCUGCUUUAUUUUUGCAGUUUCACCUUGAAAUGUGUCAAAUUUUCAGGAAGUGAAAGUAUGUUUUGUUUUUUUUGUUUUGGUGUUGGAAUGCUUUUCUCUACUCCAGCGAUUGUAAAUAGAUCUCAACACAGACCUGCUUGUCGAUGUGUUCACCGUCAGAGCCACGUCCGAUUCAAUGGUUCCUCUCUCCUCUCGGUUUAACACUACUUCUGCUGUAUCCUGGUGUAUCGCAGAGGCUCUGUGAAUCUGUAUCAUAUGAAAAUAAGUGUAAAUGCUGCUGAUUUAAAGACAAAUACAAAAAAAAUUACCCUGUAAAAAGAAAAGAAAAGAAAAACCCACACCAAUCUUCUUGAUUCUGUCACCUCUUUGAAUAGUGUCUCAGUUCUGCAGCUCUUACGUCAAUCUGCUUGGUUUGGGGCUAUAUUUUCAAAAUGCAUUUUUCAAUCAUAUUUCUUAUUUCAGUAUGAAAUGUCAAGUUAACACUUUCAUUGAGAAAUAUGUUUUGGUUUAACCGCCAGCAUUUGGAAAGAAGAAAAAGGAAAAUAUUGCUAAAAACAAAAUUAAAACAGGCUAUAAAACAAAUGUAAAGUAGCUCUACUGCAUUACUGGCUUUGAAAAUGGGCAGUUGGUGAGGAAAUUGCUCCAAGCCGCCUAAUCCACAAGGUGUCUCUCGGCUGCAAAGAACACGUGCCAGAAUAUGACAUUUUGUGCUGCUUUUACCUUGUGUGGGGGGUUCCCCUUUUUUGUUUGGCAAGAAAGUGUUUCUUAAUGGUAUUACAUUUCAUCCCAUCUCAAAGUAAUUGCAGGGAAAUGAGAGAAGCCUUCCUUCUAAGAUAAAUGAAGUGGGUUCACGUGAGUGAAAGAAUGAUUUUAAGACUAAAUAUCAUGCAGGGGUUACCUGUUUCACAUGUGUGGUAAAAAGCUGAGAGGAUUUUUGUCAGUAUUUGAAAUAAACUUUUACAUUAAUAUA